CGUUUUUCUAACCGAGACGAAUUCCUCAUAGCGCACCGUUGUAAGGCAGACCCAGACAAACAUGGCAACCUGCACGAGGAUUGUAAAAGUUGUAGCAGGAUGCCAAAGAAAUGUCCUGGUGACUUGUCGACCAACAUCUUCAAGUACCCCUCAAAUUCUACCAUGGCAAAUUCCAUAUAGGACCUACGCCGCUGCUAAGACCUUGAAAAAAGACUGGAAAAACAAAAAAGAGGAAAAACCGAAGGAGGAGAAGAAAGAGAAGGUGGUCAUAGACAACACAGAUCGUCACAAGCCGUACGGCCUGACAGCGUGGGCUCCAGUGGAUGACGUUUAUCUGACCAGGUUUUACCCUAAGCCGGUGUACCCGACGGCUGUUGCUGUCGACCUGCUGAAGAGUUUCCAGAAGCUGGACUACACCCCACCGGACCAGCCUGUCUACAUCAACCUCAAGCUGGACAUGAAGCUGGAGAAAAAGAAAAAAGUGGAUGCCUUUGUCAGCACAGUUCAUUUGCCACACCCAUUCAAGAACGAACAAAACAAAGUAGCAGUUUUCACAGAGAAUCUUGAUCAGGCCAAAGUUGCCCAGGAGAACGGAGCAGCGUUUGUGGGCGGAGCCGACCUGGUUCAGAGAGUCUUAGAGGAUGAAGUGAAUGCUGAUUUCUAUGUAGCAGUACCAGACAUUAUGACCAAGCUACUCCCUCUGAAGAACAAACUCCGGAAGAAGUUCCCCAAAAGCAAGAGAGGGUCAGUUGGUGUAGACAUUGCCAAGAUGCUGGAGUUGUUUAAGUCUGGCCAUGAGUACAUAGUGGAGAAUGACACUAUCAUCACCAACAUUGGCACGCUGGACAUGCCCAAGCAGCAGCUCCUAGCUAACAUAGAGACUAUUGUGAAGGAUGUCUGCACCCACCGGCCAGCUAGCUUUGGACCUUUCAUCGAGCGAGCGAUUAUCACCAGUCAGACAAGUGAAGCCAUGCUUAUUAAGAGCGAAGAAUUUGUACAGCAGACAGAGGAGGAAAAUACUUCUUGAAAGUGCUUGAGAUUUUAUGCAUUACUGUGUAUCAUAAUGUACUGAAUAAACUAUGAUCAUGUA